AAAGCUCAAGAUCGAAUCAGUCGACAAAACCGGGCUUCAGCCGCCCGGUCGCGCGUCAAUGUCAUCGAAUAAUAGUUACCUUUAGUUAACUUACGUUCCAAUAGUUUUAGAUAACACACCUUGUGGCUAAAAAUAGUGUAGUGAAUGGACUCAAAAGUGGGUUGAAGAAAGCGAAUUUCCAUUUAUGUAAUACAGAAAAUAGCACACAGCUCUGCCCUGCGUAUUCGCUAAAAUUGGGUUUCGGUGCACUUGUCCCAUGAAUCAAGGGUAGAUUUUGGAUUAUUAGUGACUUAAAUUAAUCAGCCAUGUCUAGAAGACGGCUGCUGCUGAGCGGCGUGGCCGGCCUCUCCGGGGCCGCACUGGCCGCCUGGGCCGUGGCUGCCGACGACUCACCUGUGCAAUGGUACAAACCCGCCAUAGUCUCCGCCAAAACUCAGAGCAAGAAGCGGCCGCUGCCCCCGCGGUCCGACCAGAUCAAGAACCUGCAGUCCGGCGAGGAGUACGACGUGCUCAUCAUAGGCGGCGGCGCCACCGGCGUGGGCUGCGCGCUCGACGCCUGCACACGAGGUCUCCGCACAGCGCUGGUGGAAGCUGAUGACUUCGCCAGCGGCACUUCUAGCAGAUCCACCAAGCUCAUCCACGGCGGAGUCAGAUACCUCCAAAAAGCGAUCCUCGGCCUCGACUACGACCAGUACAAGAUGGUGAAGGAGGCGCUGCACGAGCGAGCCAACAUGCUGGCCGUGGCGCCGCACCUCACGCGCCCGCUGCCGAUCCUGCUGCCGGUGUAUCAAUGGUGGCAAGUCCCGUACUACUGGUUCGGCAUCAAGAUGUACGACCUGGUGGCCGGGGACCGCAACGUGAAGAGCUCCUACUACCUGUCCAAGAAGAACACUCUGGAACUGUUCCCUAUGUUGAAGUCGGAUAAUCUGUGUGGAGGGAUUGUGUAUUAUGAUGGUCAACAAGACGACGCGCGCAUGAACCUGGCCAUCGCUCUCACCGCGGCGCGGCACGGGGCCGUGGUCGCCAACCAUGUGAAGGUCACCAAGCUGCAUAAGCAAGCGGGCAAGCUGACCGGGGCUAGUGUGCGGGACGAGCUAACAGGCAAAGAGUGGGACGUGAAGGCCAAGUGCGUCAUCAACGCGACGGGCCCGUUCACCGACUCGAUCCGCAAGAUGGACGACCCCUCCGUGCCCACCAUCUGCUGCCCCUCGUCCGGCGUGCACAUCGUGCUGCCCGGCUACUACAGCCCCGAACACAUGGGUCUCCUAGACCCGGCCACCUCGGACGGCCGCGUCAUCUUCUUCCUGCCCUGGCUGAAGGGAACCAUAGCCGGUACUACCGACCUGCCAUGUGACGUCACACACAACCCCAAGCCCACUGAAGACGAGAUUCUGUUCAUAUUGACCGAAGUCAAGAACUACUUGAAUCCUGAUGUUGAAGUCCGCCGCGGCGACGUGCUCUCCGCGUGGUCGGGUAUCCGCCCCCUAGUCUCGGACCCCAACAAGCCGGACACGCAGUCUCUAGCACGCAACCACAUCGUGCACGUGUCGCGCUCCGGGCUCGUCACCAUCGCCGGCGGCAAGUGGACCACCUACCGCUCCAUGGCCGCCGAGACCAUCGACGCCGCUAUUGAGAGUGCGAACCUCAAGCCGCUGUACCAGGAGUGCCAGACAGACGGGUUCCUGAUCGAGGGCGCGCACGGCUGGACGCCCACCAUGUACAUACGACUCGUGCAGGACUUCGGGCUGGAGAUGGAGGUGGCCCAACACUUGGCCAAGUCGUACGGCGACCGCGCGUUCGCCGUGGCCAAGAUGGCGGCCAUGACCGGCAAGCGCUGGCCCAUCAUCGGCAACAAGAUGCACCCCGAGUUCCCCUAUAUUGAUGCUGAGAUCAGAUACGGCGUCCGCGAGUACGCGUGCACGGCCAUCGACAUGAUCGCGCGGCGCCUGCGCCUCGCCUUCCUCAACGUGCAGGCGGCGGCCGAGGCCCUGCCCGCCAUCGCGGACAUCAUGGCCGAGGAGCUCAACUGGAGCGACAAGGAGAAGCAGAGACAAAUCAAGAUGGCGUCCGAAUUCCUCGCCAACGAGAUGGGUCAGAUGGUGAACCGCGCCAGCCGCGACAAGAUCCCCAUCAACCUGAGCAAGGAGGAGAUCCAGACCUACAUCAAGCGCUUCCAGAUCAUAGACAAGGAUAGGAAGGGAUUCGUGUCUAUUAACGACAUUAGGAGGAGUUUGAAGAGUAUGGGUGUGAAGCCGACUGACAACGAACUGCGCGCCAUUUUGUCAGAAAUAGAUCUGACAUACCACGGACAGAUGGAGAUCCAAGAUUACCUACAGAUGAUGUCAGCCAUCAAGUCGGGCCACGUGGCGUAUUCCCGCUUCGCCCGCAUGGCCGAGAUGGAGGAGGAGCACCACGAACAGGAGGUGCUGAAGAAGAAGAUCACGGUGGAACGCAGCGGCGGCGGCCUGUAGGCGGUCACGGAACUACUAAUGUUAUCCGGAUACCUCAUUGGCUACAUAGACCGUGGCGCCCCGACUCAUCAAGUGCACCCUCAAGUAUUAUAUCGUUAAUCAUCUUUAUACAUUUGAAUGUAGAUAAAAGUCGAUAUGCACAUCCGAUAUUUCAAUAUUUAUAAGAAUUUUCAAUAUUGUAAUAAGCAAACAAACUAACGUAAGGAUUUGAGUUGAAGCAAUACUUAAAUACUAUUGUGAUGUAUAAUUAUGUUUUUUUUUUCGAAAGUUUAUUUAUUCAGACGUUUUUCGUCUUUAGACAUCGUUGUAUUAUUUAAAUAAAAAAACAGCUAAUUAUUGGAGCAAGUAGUUAUUCUCAUACACUUUUUUCAAUGUUAUUAUAUACCUAGUAGGUGUAAAAUUUUUGAAGAUCUUUAUGUGUUAUCGUGCUGUUUAAUAAAUUAUUUAUAAUUUA